CCAGCGAAGCUAACAGGAAAAAUAAAGGAAUAAUUCGUAGGAACGAUUUGGCGCCAAUCUUUAACAUCAUUAAAAUAUAUCUGCUCGGAGACUUACGGGAGUUGACAGCGGCUACCUUUAUAUAUGUGAAAAGGGCGGGAGGUGCUCGCAACAUAAGUUCCUUCAGAUUAAAAUGGCUAAAGGUGAAACUGAACCCUUUUUUGUGAAAUUUAUUAAAUCUGCGGACAAUAGUGAAUUCUUCUUUGAUGCUCAUGAGGCAAUUAAAGUGUUUCAGUCUGACGAAUAUCUUCAGAUAAUUGAAGAAAGAGAGGCCCUGACUUUAAAAGAAAAGGACAAAUCUCUCUACAUCUGUGAUCCUUUUGUUGGUGCUGCUUUUAAUCAUCUCAAAAAGCUUGGCUGCAGAAUAGUGGGGCCGCAGGUUGUUAUAUACUGCAUGCAGCAACAAAAAUGUGUUCCUCGAGCUGAACACCCUGUCUUCAACAUGACCAUGUCUGAUGUGACAAUUUCAUGCACUAGUCUGGAUAAAGAAACCAGGGAAGAAGUUCAUCAUUAUGUACAGCUAAUGGGUGGCUGUGUGUAUAGGGAUCUCAAUGUUUCAGUUAGUCACCUUAUUGCUGGUGAGGUGGGCAGUAAGAAGUACUUGGUUGCAGCAAGCCUAAAGAAACCUAUCCUCCUUCCUUCGUGGGUGAAAGCAUUGUGGGAGAACUCAAAGCAAAGGAUAAUUACGUACUUGGAUAUUAAUUUAGAGGAAUAUUUGUGUCCUAUAUUUCGGGGUUGUACUAUCUGCGUGACUGGGUUAAGCAGCCUAGACAGAAAGGAAGUGCAGCGCUUGACAUCCAUCCAUGGUGGACAGUACACAGGACAGCUCAAGAUGAAUGAGUCUACACAUCUUAUUGUACAAGAGGCAAAAGGUCAGAAGUAUGAGUGUGCCAGGAAAUGGAAUGUUCACUGUGUUUCUAUCCAGUGGUUCUUUGACAGUAUUGAGAAGAGCUUCUGUCAGGAUGAGAGCAUUUAUAAGAUGGAGCCUGCCUCUGCAGUGAAGAGUAUGCCUGAAACAUCAACACCGACACGGUGUACCAAUAAACCAGAUAAUCGAACACUUUCAGAUGUUAGUAAUAUUUCCAAUAUAAGCACUAGUUGCAUUAAUGAGUCUGCAUUUAAUUCGGUGAUGAGCACUAAGCUGGAUUCUCCACUUGAUAACCUUGAGAACUUGGAUAUUAGUUCCCUUCACGCACCAGAGGACCUACUAGAUGGUUGCCGGAUAUAUGUCUGUGGCUUUGGAGGCAGAAAACUGGACAAGCUGAGAAGGCUUAUAAACUGUGGAGGAGGGGUUCGAUUUAAUAAACUUACUGGGGAUGUUUCUCACGUCAUUGUUGGAGAAACCGAUGAGGAACUGAAGCAAUUUUUGAAUAAGACUGAUCAUAGACCACAUGUUCUCACAGUUAAAUGGUUAAUAGACAGCUUUUCUAAAGGACAUUUGCAGCCUGAGGAGAUGUAUUCUCACACAAGCUACCAGCCUGCUGAACUACCAGCUCCAGUACAACCUGCCUUUAAUUCAUCUGUUGUAAAGAUGAAUAGCAGUCAGUCCAUCCGUGAGCCUUCAAGUCGUGUUCUGCAACAGCGCACUGAUGAAGACCUCCUGUCUCAAUAUACAGAAAAUGAUUACACUUUGAUUGAUGCUGCAAAUCCAGAAACACGAAACAUUGAAAGCGUGUCCCAUGUGAGCAUGCAGGAAGACAUGCCGUCAUCUGCAAGUCAGAGUGAUGUAUUGGGCACAUCCACCAUCCUUGAAGGAGGCUUUUUCAGUAGGAAACAAUUUUUAAUCAUGGGCUUUGUGGAAGAUGAUGAAGCCUGCAUUAUCGAUAUAAUUAAAAAAAAUGGUGGUAAAGUGUUAUCACCUCACAAGAGAGCCAUCGCAGAUUACGCAGUGGUGCCCUUACUAGGAUGUGAAGUGGAAUCUACAGUUGGUGAAGUUGUAACUAAUGCUUGGCUGGAGAUGUGCAUGGAACAAGAGAUGCUGUUAGAUCCUCAAUCAAAUGCUCUUUUCGCACCAGUGCCUUAUUUGGAAGGUAGCACUCCCUUGCAGGGCUGUGUGCUUUCUGUCAGCCAAUUUAUGGGAGCAGAGAGGGAUUCAUUAGUGUUUCUUGCUGGCGUGCUUGGAGCAAAAGUGCAAGAGUUUUUUGUGCGAAAAGCUAAUCCAAAGAAAGGCAUGUUUGCCAGUACUCACUUAAUUCUUAAAGAUCCUGAGGGUUCAAAAUAUGAAGCAGCCAAGAAGUGGAAUCUGCCUGCAGUCACAGUGGGUUGGCUAUUGCAAUGUGCAAAAACUGGGAAAAAAGUGGAUGAAAACAGAUUUCUUGUUGAUAACUCUGAAGAAGAUAAAGAAGAUAGCUUCGUAAGCCAAACAUAUAAACCUCAAGUAGCAACAAUACCACUGGACACACCAGACCGACCAGGUAAUAGACCAGAAGCCCUAAGGAAAGCAGCAGUUACUCCACUGGAUAUGAACCGUUUCCAGAGCAAAGCAUUUCAGUCUGUGUUAUCGCAGCACAACAAGAAGAUCCCAACCCCUGGUGCAGAAACCAAACAGCUCCAAAAAGAGCCUUCACUUCAUCUUGAUACUCCUUCUAAAUUUCUUUCCAAGGACAAACUCUUCAAGCCCUCUUUUGAUGUGAAGGAUGCUCUUGCUGCUUUAGAAACACCUGGUGGUCCAAACAAAAACAGUAAGAAGCAGAGUACUCCCCUGUCUGAAGUUAUUGGAAGAAAUCUGAAACUGGCACUUGCUAACAGUACACGUCAAACAGCUGCUCUCAGUGCCAGCCCACAGCUAAAAACAACUGAGCAAAACGUAGAAGAAGAAGAAGAACACGGCAUAUUAAAAGAUGUGGUCAUUUGUGUCAGUAAAAAGCUGAGCAGAAAGCAAGGAGAGUUAAAUGGUAUGGCAGCUUCACUUGGAGGAGAAUACAGAUGGUGCUUUGAUGAAAGUGUGACCCACUUCAUUUAUCAAGGGCGACAAAACGACACCAGUCGGGAAUUCAGAUCUGUAAAGGAAAGAAAUGGCAUCCAUAUAGUUUCUGAGCAUUGGCUUCUAGCUUGUGCAGAAGAACAGAAGCGAGUGUCUGAAUCUCUAUACCCUCACACUUAUAAUCCAAAAAUGAGCCUGGAUAUUAGUGCUGUACAGGAUGGUCAACAUUCUAGCAGUAAAGUUUCGUCGUGCACAACACCCAGACAAAAUGAGAAUAACAGAGUUUGGCAAGAAGAGGAUAAUGAACUGGGUGAAGCUACCGAGAGUAAAAAAGCUGAUGAUUCUGCAGAAGCACUUAAUGUACCAAGUGAAGUUAAAGGAGCACUUACGCAGACUUUAGAGAUGAGAGAGAAUUUCCAGAAACAGCUGCAGGAGCUUAUGUCUGCAACGUCAUUGGUAAAGCCACAAGGAAAUAGAAGUUCUUUGGGCAGACCUGGGUUUGAGAAUUCGCCUUCUACCCCAGAAAAUUCUCGAAGUACAAGAAAUGGCAGAAGCAGGGUGUUGGAAGCAUUAAGACAAUCUCGGCAGCCAAUAACAGACCUCAACACAGAACCGUCACAAAAUGAACAAAUCAUUUGGGAUGACCCGACUGCACGAGAGGAAAGGGCUAGACUUGCAAGUAAUCUUCAAUGGCCAAAUAGUCAGUCACAAUAUUCAGAACAGCUUCAUCACAACAUGAAUGAACCUGGUGUUGAUCCUACCAAAUUUAAGGAAUCCUUAACGGAUACUGAAAUAGCUGAAUUAGAGGCCUGUGAACUUGAGCAUAUCUCAGUAACUGAAGCUUCUAAACCUCAAAAAGACAUUAUAAAGUCUCCAAUUAAAGAUGAUCAGCUGAUUCCCACACCACAAGCUCCUAGCAUUGCCUUCCCACUUGCCAACCCACCAGUGGCUCCACAACCAAAAGAAAAGACUGAGGACCUCUCUAUGGAAGAAGGGCCCAAGAAGGAGCGCCGUUUCCAGUUGUCGUCUUUGAAUCCUCAAGAACGAAUUGACUACUGUCACCUCAUUGAACAGCUAGGCUUUCAGGAGGAUGACUAUGAGUGGGGAAGCAGCUCUAUUCUGGAUGCUUUGAACAGUAUUAACAAUCAGCAAAAAUUGUUAGCUGUAGCAGCAAUGAGAUGGAGAAAAAAAAUACAAAAAUUGAAGCAAGAAAUGGACAUUUCAGAGGGAGCAUUCAGUGGAUGGAGAGUUAUUUUAAAUGUUGAUCAAACAAGGGCCCCUGGAUUUAAACGUCUUCUUCAGUCAGGAGGAGCAAAGGUUUUUAAUGGUCAUUCUUCUUCACUAUUUAAAGAAGCAACUCACCUGUUUGCAGAUUUCAGUAAACAGAAACCAGACGAUCCUCGAGUGAAUGUGGCAGAGGCUGCAGAGACAGGAGUACUUUGCCUAAAACCAGAAUAUAUUGCAGAUUACCUUAUUAAGGAAUUACCACCUCCUACUACCAACUACUGUCUCCCAGAGGCCCUACCUUAUAUUCAGGGAACGGGAACUUCCCGUAAGAGGAAAAAUUCUGGAAACACAAGUGACGUGAAGAGAUCUCGAUUAUACUGAAUUAAAUAUACAGUUUUAAAGACUUUUUUAUAUGUUCAGUAUUUAUUUAUACACUUUAUGCAAUUUCAGGAAGAGUUGUAAAUAGUAAUCAUCUCAAUAUUUUUGCAUGUGUUGAAACAUUCCAUGUCAGACGUGGUUCAGCAUUACCACUUGCAACUGCAUCUUUAUGACUAGUACACGCUGGCCUUAUCCUAUGUUUCAUAAACAGUGAAAAUUAGCCUGUUUGCAAAUGAAUUCCAGACAUAACCUGACUUUAAUAAUGGUAUCAUCACUGUGAUCUUGUAGCCUAUGGUUACCAUCCAGGAAAAAAAGUAAAGUAGCAUCUAGAGUAAACUCCUGGCCCAUCAAUUUUUUUUUAUUUUUUUUUACUCUUACUUGUCAAUAUCACACUUCAAGUAACAAGAAAGAAAAGUGAUCUGUUUUUCUAUGUUUGUAAUUUUUGUGUAUGUUGCAUAAUAAAUGUAAAGCAAACUAUCUCUUAACUGUAUAUUUUUUAAUGUAAAAAUAAACAUUUUAUUGGAGGA